CAAUGAAAUGGUACUUUUCACUCCAACAUAACGAAAAUUGCAAUAAAAGGUAAAUUGUGUGAAGAAGAUUUUUUGCUUGACCUUGGUGCUGAGUUUCGAUGAUAGCAAGAUGAAGACCAAGACUUUAGAAUUAUUAUUUAAUUUAAUUUGGUGUAUUAACACAAUGAAAUGGUACUUUUCACUCCAACAUAACGAAUCCAACGGGUAAUCUAGGACUUGGAUUGGAUCCAACACAAUUACAUGUAUAAGACUGUGCUCUCAUGGACAUGAAUCUAAAGGAAAAUUGCAAUAAAAUGUAAAUUGUGUAAAGAUGAUUUUUUGCUGACCUUGGCUGAGUUUCGAUGAUAACAAGAUGAAGACCAAGACUUUAGAAUUAUUAUUUAAUUUAAUUUGGUGUAUUAACACAAUGAAAUGGUACUUUUCACUCCAACAUAACGAAUCCAACGGGCAAUCUAGGAUUUAGAUUAGAUCCAACACAAUUACAUGUAUAAGACUAUGCGCUCAUGGACUUGAAUCUAAAGGAAAAUUGCAAUAAAAGGAAAAUCAAGUCAAGAAAAAAGAGAGAUGGAAAAGGAAAAAAAAGUACCUCACUGUCUAAUCUUACCAUAUCCAGCUCAAGGUCAUGUCAAUCCAAUGAUCCAAUUUUCAAAACGUUUGAUAGAAAAAGGAGUUAAAGUAACACUUAUAACUGUUACUUCUCUUUGGAAAUCUCUAAGUACCAAAAAUCUCACUUCAAUUGAAGUUGAAAGCAUCUCAGAUGGUUAUGAUGAAGGAGGCCUUGCAGCAGCAAAGAGCUUAGAAGAUUACAAAGAAACCUUUUGGAGAGUUGGAACACAAACUCUUAUUGAGCUUCUUCAAAAACUUUCCACCUCAGAAAACCCUCCAAAUUGUAUUAUCUUUGAUGCUUUUUUACCUUGGGUUCUUGAUGUUGGAAAGAGUUUUGGAUUACUUGGUGUUUCUUUUUUCACUCAAUCUUGUUCUGUUAAUAGUAUAUACUUUCAUGCUCAUGAGAAGUUGAUUGAGUUGCCACUUACACAAUCUGAGUAUUUGUUACCUGGAUUGACCAAACUUGCUCCAGGAGAUUUGCCUUCUUUUUUGUACAAGUAUGGAUCUUAUCCAGGUUACUUUGAUAUUGUUUUGAAUCAAUUUUCCAAUAUUGGUAAAGCUGAUUGGAUUCUUGCAAACACAAUUUAUGAACUUGAACCAGAGGUGGUGGAUUGGUUAGUUAAGAUAUGGCCAUUAAGGACAAUAGGACCAUCACUGCCGUCUAUGUUAUUAGACAAAAGACUCAAAGAUGACAAAGACUAUGGUGUAAGCCUUUCAGAUCCAAAUACAGAAUUUUGCAUCAAAUGGCUUAAUGAUAAGCCAAAAGGGUCAGUUGUGUAUGCCUCAUUUGGUAGCAUGGCUGGUCUCAGUGAAGAGCAAACACAAGAACUAGCUUAUGGAUUAAAAGAUAGUGAUACUUAUUUCUUAUGGGUUGUUAGAGAAAUUGAUCAAAGUAGACUUCCAAAAGGGUUUGUGGAAACAUCAUCAAAAAAAGGUUUAAUAGUAACAUGGUGUCCCCAACUUGAAGUGUUAACACAUGAAGCUGUCGGAUGUUUUGUGACGCAUUGUGGUUGGAAUUCGACUUUGGAAGCUGUUAGCAUUGGUGUUCCAUUGAUUGCUAUGCCACUUUGGACUGAUCAAGUUACAAAUGCAAAACUUAUUGCUGAUGUUUGGAAAAUGGGAGUUAGAGCUGUUGCUGAUGAAAAAGAGAUUGUGAGAAGUGAAACAAUUAAGAAUUGUAUAAAGGAACUAAUUGAGACUGAAAAAGGAUGUGAAAUUAGGAAAAGUGCUUUGAAAUGGAAGAAUUUGGCUAAGGGUUCUUUUGAUGAGGGUGGAAGAUCUGAUAAAAAUAUUGAUGAGUUUGUGGAUGCUUUGUCUCAAUGAGGAAGAAAAAAAGAAUUUGAAAUCUACAUAGUAAUAAAAGCACGCAGUGCAGGAAACAAUCUUUGGUGUUGAUUCCAGAUUGAAGUCUAUUCAUAAUAGUUUUGUUGGCUUUUGAAUUAUGAAGCACAGAUACUUCUCAGAUUCAUCGUGUCACGUAUUAGAUAAGUGUCCAUGUCGAACAAUGACACGACGCCGACACUUAUGAUUAUACUUAAUUAAGCUAUUUUCUUAAAUUAUUAUCGAUGUUGAUGUGUCAGUUUCUGUAUCGUGUCCAAUAUCCCUAUAUGUGUUUCAUAGCUUCUAAAUUAUUGGUGUAUCUUUUAAUAAAUUAUUGGUGUACUUAAUUAAGUUGUGUUUCUCUUUAUGGUACAUGGAUGGAAUAAAUUAAUGUUUGUGAUACCA